UAAAGUGUUGGUGCUGCCGCCGGCACUGGGCUGGGAUCGGCGCUGUUGCGGUGCUGCCGAUGGAUUGUCCAUUCAAUUGGCUCAAAGUGCACGGCGCGCAGCGCACGAAACAACAAAUAAAUGUUUAAAGUGCAAAUAAACGGCAUUUAUCGCCAAUUGGUGUCCAUUGCCGCCGCCGAGCAGGAGAUGGCCGCCCUGGCAGCAUUGGCCCGGCAAAGGGCGGCGGAGCAGGCCAACUACUCGGACUGCCUGGAGGAUGUGCAGCUGUUUGCCCAGCUGGAUGAGCUGAGGGGCUACGACGACACUGAUGACAUGGAGAUGAUGUCGCCUGGCGCAGACUUUGACCUGAUCGAUCUGGUGAACGGGGCCCUAGAUUCCACUGGCAAUCCCACGCGACUGCAGAACAAGCCCCAGCGGAGCACUAAACAGCGGCAGCGAUCACCGCAUGUUUGCGACGUGUGCGGCAGACGCUUCUCGGAGGCCUACAACCUGCGCAUACACAAGAUGACGCACACGGACGAGAAGCCGCACGUUUGCGAUGGCUGCGGCAAGGGGUUCCGGCAGUUGAACAAGCUGCGCAUCCACUAUGUCACCCAUACGCCGGAUAGGCCGCACAAGUGCGACAUAUGCGGCAAGGGCUUUCGCUAUGCCAACUACCUGGCCGUCCAUCGUCGUCUCCACACUGGCGAGAAGCCGUAUUCGUGUUUGGUCAAGGAGUGCGAUCUGUCCUUUCACUCAAUUCAUGCACGUCGCAUCCACACCAAGCUGCAGCAUGCGGCGCCCGCUCAGUCGGAUGCCGAGCAGGAGCAGCCACUAACUGCGUUGGAGGCGAUCACAGGCACUUCAUCGCUGAGCUACACCUGCCCCAUCUGCGGCCGAGUGCUCACAGAUCAGUGCUACCUGAAUACGCACCUGAAGCGGCACUACAACCAGCGUGACUUUCCCUGCCCACAGCCGCAGUGCGGCAAGCGCUUCUUCAGCUCGUCGGAGGUGAAGCAUCACCAGAUCGCCCACACCCAAUAUCGGCCGUACGCGUGCACCCAGUGCCCGGCCCGAUUCCUAAGGAAAUCCAAUUACAAACAGCAUUUGAAGAUCCAUGAGCGCUGAGACGCGCGAAGCGGGAGAGAAGAGUCCAGCAUCUGAUUGUUUGUUUGCCUUUUGGGUUUGGU